UUGCCACUGCUCAUGCAUGUGAAAAGAACAUAGCUGAUAAAAACAAGUCUCUUAAGCACAAGUACCGAAUGCAUCCUUACAUUAGCAGAUUCCCAUCGUUGCAUUUCUAUGAAAACAAACUGCUGGAUGGUGCUCAGAAGGCUGAGAAAUCAGAUCCUUUCCAUGAUCACCGUUGUCUUGGUCCAUACAUGUUCUUUGAUAUUGCCGAUGGUCAUGAGCAUGCUGGAACAAGUGCUGCUGCACAAUCACUCUCUAAUCAAUUUGAAGCUGGUGCAGCACUUGAAAUACUGUCAUUUUUAAAGAACAAAUAUCCAACAGAUUUCUCCUGUAGGAAGAUAGGGAUCAUAACUUAUGGCUAUGUUGUGGAAGAGUUCUUGCGGUGUGAGCUUGAGAAAGAAGGAGACGGCAAGUGAAAGACUGAGAAGACCAGGGAUUCUUCUUUGCCAGCCGUAAGGUGGAGGCGUUGCUUAGGGAACAUGUGCGUACAUCCUUGCUCCUUUUAUUCUUCCAGUUUUAGGUACUUUCCAGCAGGCUUGUACGGAGUACCUAUCUUGCUAUGUACUGAAUUAUUUGCAACUAUGUAGCAAACUGUAUUAGGAGAUCCAGAUAUAUAA